ACCAACUACCAAAGUGUACACUUGUGCAAUUGCAAAUUACAAAAUCAGAAAUCAGAAUAGAGAAAGUGGGGAAGAACACAACAGAUUUCGAAGAUGGGCUAGAUUUGAAGCCCAAAAAGGAAUGUGAGAGAGGAAAAAUUCAAAGGUAGAAGAAGGGCGGAUUCCGAGAAUGGGGCGGCAAUUGGGGAGCAUAUGUAAACUAAUACCAGAACAAACACCAACACAACCGCAUUCUCUUCCUACAUCAUAAAUCAUAAUUCAUCAUAAUCCAAAUUCACGAAAACAAACAAAAGAGAAUAUUUGUCGGAAAAAAAGACAGGAUGAAUGAUGGAGAUGUAUCGAAGCAGAUUCAGCAGAUGGUGACGUUUAUUCACCAGGAGGCAGAGGAGAAAGCCAACGAAAUAUCUGUCUGUGCUGAAGAGGAAUUCAACAUUGAGAAGCUACAAUUAGUGGAAGCUGAGAAGAAGAAGAUUCGUCAAGAAUAUGAGCGCAAGGCCAAACAGGUUCAAGUUCGCAAAAAGAUUGAGUAUUCGAUGCAGCUAAAUGCUUCGCGCAUAAAGUUCCUACAGGCGCAAGAUGAUAUUGUCAAUGCCAUGAAGGAAACAGCUUCCAAGGAGCUUCUUCGUGUUUCUGAUGACCAGAAUGCUUACACCUACAAGAAGCUUCUCCAAGCUUUUUCUGAUGACAAGAACGCCUACAACUACAAGAAGCUUCUUCAAGCCCUCAUUGUUCAGAGCUUGCUACGCUUGAAGGAAUCAUCUGUAUUGUUACGUUGCAGAGAGAUGGACAAGAAAGUGGUUGAGUCUGUUCUGGAGGAUUCAAAACGAGAAUAUGUUGAAAAGGCUAAUUUACGUGCACCUGCUAUUACCAUUGAUAAGGUCUAUCUCCCUCCACCUCCCUCUGGUUCAGAACAGCAUGGUCCCUCAUGCUCGGGAGGAGUGGUGAUAGCUUCUCAGGAUGGAAAGAUAGUUUGCGAAAAUACUUUGGAUGCACGUCUAGAUGUGGCAUUUCGGCAGAAGUUGCCUCAGAUACGCAAGCACCUUUUCGGAUAGUAUCCAUGUUGUGGUGCUGGUGAACAGGAAGUACAUUGUUAUCAAGCGUCCAUCAAACAGACGAAUAUAGAGUCAUUGCUUAAUGCUUACGUAGAAGUAUGAAAAAACCUGAUCUCUGGUUUGAAUCAUUAUUAGGAAUAAAAUGAGUGCUUUUUUUAGAUCGUGAUAACUCUUUGAAAAGCAUGGAGUGCUUGUUUUCCUCCUUUUGCAGUUGGGGAGGUGGAGUUGGAAGAAGAAGAGCUUGGAAUUAUAUUGGAGAUGUAAUAAUUUGAACAAAUAUAUAUACUUUUUGUUUCAUCUAUAGAAAGUUUGAACUUCAAAGCA